AAAUGACUGUCACUUGUCAAAGCCCGAUAAGAAAACAUACCGGUGUCACGUCAUAUAGGGACAUUGCCGCUGGAGAUAUUCUUUGGAACACAAGUUCAUUAUUGCCUUUUGCAAAAAUGUUAGAAUCUCUGUACAGUAUUCCUUUCGCAAUCUUAGAAGUGCCGAAUCUAAGAGUUAGAGUGCCCUCAUGGUUUCGUCAGCCUUCUGCUAUGACGAUGUUCUCGAUGGUGCUCCUCUCCUACUUCCUUGUGACCGGAGGAAUCAUCUAUGACGUGAUUGUGGAACCCCCAAGUGUUGGUUCGACGACAGACGAACACGGUCACUCGCGGCCGGUCGCCUUCAUGCCAUAUCGUGUCAAUGGACAGUACAUCAUGGAAGGCUUAGCGAGUAGUUUUCUGUUCACCCUUGGCGGGCUGGGCUUUAUAAUAAUGGACCAAACGCACGCUCCGGGCAAAGCGAAAUUAAACCGCAUUCUUGUGACUGCUAUGGGAUUCAUUUUCAUUUUAGUAUCUUUCUUCACAACGUGGAUAUUCAUGCGAAUGAAGCUGCCAGGAUACCUACAACCGUAGGAGAAAUACAGCGGAAAAUGUUUAACACUCCGACAAUUUUCUAUCAACCAUUUGUAUCUAACUGUCUCUAAUAAUAAGCUAUAAUCUCAAAUUAACGAGCAAA